AUGGAAGGCUCAAAAUGGAAGGCUGCGGCUUUGCUGACUUGGAUUCUAGCCGCAGAGUCUGCCUACGGUCUGCCACAGGUGGGAACUGCAGUUGAAAGCAUACUGCAAAAGACAUCCACUGAACAGACGAGUGCGUACGUGACUCAAUAUCCACCGGCGAACGAAGGCAACAGGCUUCUUAUUCCCGAGUCUCACCCGGUAUAUCGAUUCGGGUUGCAAAGAGACGGCCGGUCGUCUCAGCUUCCUUUUCCAGAGCUUGACGUGAGCGACUUCGUUCAUGGUUUAGAGGGGCUGAUAGCGCCAGACCAGCAAACGAACGCUUCACCGGCACCUCCUACUGGAGAUCAGCCAACUUCGGGCAAACAGCCCGAGUCGAUUCCAGCUCCCACUAACACUGCAACUGUCAAGAAUUCUCCAGAAGGUGGACCCGACCCACAAACUACUUCCUCAGCAGACCCACAUCCUAUUGAUCCUCCACCUCCGGUGAAACCAAAUACUGCUGGAAAUAUGAACGGCCAAGAUGUCUUCCAGCCAGUUGCAACUGGGCCCGCCCCAGCAAGCAUUCAGUCUCGAGGAGAUCACCCAGUGCAGAACAAGCAUGCCGACUCCAAGGACCCAAUUGAAACCAACAAGUUCUACGCUGGCUUCUUCUUGGGAACUCAGACCAAUGCUAGUUUCACACAACCGUACUCUCUGGCGUGGUCUAAGGGUGGUGGCUCCUUGAAGAGUUGGGGUAUGGGCAUCACGCACAUUCCUUCUGACAUGCUGGCAUGGGGUCCUAAGAACCACAAGAUACCCGGAGAGCCUGUUCAGUACUAUAUCAACCCCGUUGGCCUUCAGCAGAUUAUAUUCUCUGCUAGCGAGCUGGGUGACUCCACGGUGCUCAAGACUGAGCAACCCAAGGCUUUCUCCGCACACGCAGUCAUCAAGCGGUCUUCCGACUCUGCGCAGCAGAUCACGUUCCCCGUCAUCCAAGGUAUGGGCUACACUACUGCUGUCUACAAGGACCUGCAGCCCAUCAUUGAGAGUGGCGUAUUUUUCCGUAAGGUCGUUAAUGCUGGAUCCCCGCGCCCGGGAAUCUUCAAGUACAAAGUUGAGCUUGAGGAUGAUACCACCUGGCUCAUGUAUGCCACUCCGGACGAUGCUAAAGACCCGGAAUUCAAGCUCGUAUCAAAGAUUAGCCUUCGCGGUCCCCGUGGCUACUCUGGAACUGUUCAGAUUGCCAAGAAUCCUGCUGGUGUCCCGGGAGAGAAGUUCUAUGAUAACUCGUGUGGUGUCUACCCUGUGGCUGGUCACAUCUCUGGCUCUGUCACGAACGAUGUCGGCACUUAUAGCCUUUCGUGGACCAAGGCUGGAAAGGACGUCAAGAAAACUCCUUUGUUGAUGUUCGCACUGCCUCAUCAUGUUCAGUCCUUCGACAAAGCCACUCAAGGCCGUGUCACUGAUAUCCACCUUCGUACUACUACGAAGGGCAACUCAACUGCUGUCGUUGGAGAGAGCUGGACCAUGGUUGAGCCCAAGCUUCCCAUUGGUAUAGGAUUCGCUCCCUGGUCAGCUACUCAAGGAAGUGUCGAUAAACUCUCCCCCGCUGCCCAACAUGCUAUUGUCCAGCAUGCUCCACAUGAGUUGAAGCAGAACAUUUCCGAGCAAACAGACCUCAACAGCAUGUACUACAGCGGAAAGGCGCUCAGCAAGUUCGCGACCUUGAUUUACACUGUCAAGGAGCUUGGCAACAACGUCGAGCUUACCACUGACGCUUUCCAAGAACUGAAACAAGCAUUCGCCCACUUUGUAGACAACAAGCAGCAGUACCCUCUCGCGUACGACACAGUUUGGAAGGGUGUGGUUUCCACCGCAGGCUACGACGGCGACUUGAACCAAGACUUCGGCAACACUGCCUAUAACGAUCACCAUUUCCACUACGGCUACUUCAUCCAAGCAGCUGCCAUCAUCGGCGCUCUCGAUCCAUCCUGGUUGGCUGCCAACAAGGAAUGGGUCAACAUGCUCGUUCGUGAUGCCAGCAACUCUGUCGAAAAUGAUGACUUUUUCCCCUUCUCUCGUGGCUUUGAUUGGUACAACGGUCACUCCUGGGCUAAGGGAUUAUUCGAGUCCUAUGACGGAAAGGACCAGGAAUCCUCGUCCGAAGACACCAUGUUCGCGUACGCGAUCAAGAUGUGGGGUCAGACCAGCCGUGAUGCGAGCAUGGAGGCUCGUGGCAACCUGAUGCUCGGUAUCUUGGGACGGUCGCUGAACAACUAUUUCCUCAUGGAAGACGACAACAUCAACCAGCCUCCCAACUUCAUCGCUAACCGGGUUACUGGAAUCGUUGACCACACCACCUACUUCGGCGCCAAUUUGGAAUUUGUUCAAGGUAUCCACAUGCUCCCUCUGAUGCCCCACACUCCUUACGCCCGCCGAAAGGAGUUUGUUCAUCAGGAGUGGCAGGCAAUGUUUGCAGAAGAUGCCUCCACACCUGCAUCUAAGGUGGAAGGCGGAUGGAAAGGCGUUCUUUACGCCAACCUCGCACUCAUCGACCCCAAAGCAUCCUGGGAGUUCUUCACCCAGCCAGACUUUGACUACAGUUGGAUUGACGGCGGCGCGACACGCACUUGGUACCUCGCUUUUGCCGCUGGUCUCGGCGGUGCUCCUUGA